AUGUCUCUUGCGCUGGUGUCUUUGAGCGAUGCAAAUUCAGCUAUCGGUUCACCCCGCAAAAUCAUUUCGGCCAGGGAGGCUGUGAGUGCCACACCAGGGAACACGUUCAGUGACGGCCACGGCCUCGUUAGUGCCAGGACCACGCCGGACGACCAGUGCCACCUACUGAUAACUGGCACCGAGCGCUCAUCACGGGCAGACACAGCAUUAAUGAAUGUUACCUUGGGACACGGGACCAGAGGGAACAACACCUCAAAACAAGGACACAGGACCAGAGACAACAACUCCUUAAAGGACAGGGGACAGAGGGAAACUAACCUCAACAGGACACGGGACCAGAGGAACAACACCUCAACAAGGACUUGGGACCAGAGGAACAACAACUCAACAAGGACACAGGACCAGAGAACAACAGCUCAACAGGACACAGGACCAGAGAACAACCUCAACAAGGACUUGCGGACCAGAGGGAACAACAUAAUGGGGACUUGCAGGACUAGGAGACAACAACUCAACAAGGACAGGACCAGAGGAACAACACCUCUUAAGGACACGGGACCAGAGGAAACAACACCUCAACAGGACCACUGGAUAGGAGAACAACACCUCAACAGGACACAGGACCAGAGGGAACAACAACUCAACAGGACACACGGGACCAGAGGAACUGCUGCCUCAACAGGACACGGAACCAGGAAACAACAACUCAACAAGGACACGGGACCAGGGGAACAACAGCUCUUAAGGACACUGGGACAGAGGGAACAACACCUCAACAAGGACACGGGACCAGAGGGAACCAACCUCAACAAGGACCUUGCAGGGACCCAGAGGGGCAACACCUCAACAAGGACGCAGGACCAGAGGGAACAACAACUCAACAGGACACGGGACAGGGGAACAACGGCUCAACAAAAGGACACACGGGACCAGAGGGAACAACACUUACCUCAACAAGGACAGGACAGAGAGAACAACACUUUUCAAGGACUUUUUAGGUGGUUGAAACAACAACUCAACAAGGACCUUUUGGGACCAGGGAAACAACAACUCAACAAGGACUUACAGGACCAGAGGGAACCACCUCAACAAGGACACACGGGACCAGAGGGAAACAACAACUCAACAAGGACACAGGACCAGAGGAAACAACAACUCAACAAGGACUGGGACCAGGAGACAACACACCAACAAGGACACGGGACCAGAGGGAAACAACAACUCAACAAGGACACGGGACCAGAGGGAACAACAACUCAACAAGGACACGGGACCAGAGGGAACAACAACUCAACAAGGACAUCUCUCCGUCGCUCAUCAUCACUGUCAAAUAAACAAAUAAAUCAAUAA